GGCGAAAGGCGAGAGCAUUGUUCCCUACUCCGGCUGCUGGCAUGUUGCUUCUGGGUCAUUCCUGGUGGAGGAGCACCAUCGUAUCCCCAUUCCCAGGAGGAUUACACGAGAGGGGCUUGAGUCGAUAUCGCUAAAUAAAAGGAUCUCGCUGAACCGCGUGUCUUUCAAAAUGGCCCGCCUGUAUUUCCCUCUCUACACUUCUGUAACGGCAGUAUGCAGUCGUCCCAACUGUAAUCAUGCAGCUGGUCGUCGUCGUCGUUUCCUUCUGCCUGGCAGCUGUUGCCUCUGCCGGGGAGGACAACAGUGUCAAGAACUUGGGCUAUACUUCCUACCAGGGUGUUAACCAAGACAAUGGCGUGUCGUUCUGGAAAGGUAUGCGCUUUGCUGCUGCCCCUGUCGGCCAAUUGCGGUUUGCGCCGCCGCAGGACCCUAUCAUAGAACUAGGCGUUCAAAGUGCUACUACCCAUGGUCCAAUGUGCAUUGCGACAAGCACGUAUCCGAUUCCUGGAAACCAGUCGGAAGACUGUCUAUUCGUGGAUGUAUACGCGCCGACCAACGCGACAGAGGAGCUGCUGCCGGUGUAUUUCUUUAUCCAGGGCGGCGGGUUCAAUGCAAACUCCAAUGCGGAUUACGAUGGCAGUGGUCUUGUCAUGGCUUCGGGCUUCAACAUCCUCGUAGUCACGUUCAAUUACCGUGUUGGCCCGUACGGCUUUCUGGCCUCGAAGGAGGUCGAGUGGGCAGGUAGUCUGAAUAAUGGCCUGAAAGAUAUCAUCAAGGCCCUGGAGUGGACUAACGAGCAUAUUGCUAUUUUCGGUGGUGAUCCAAACCACGUCACUAUCGGCGGUGACAGCGCCGGCGCCGGCGCAAUCACCCUGCUUCUCACUGCAUACGGAGGCAGCGGAAUACUGAACACCCUCUUCCACGCCUCUGCUGCCGAGUCUCAGUCCUUCGGCUCCCAGGCCACCGUUGCAGAAAGCCAGUUCGCCUACGACAAUCUCACCACGCGCACCGGCUGUGCCGGAACUGUAGACACCUUCUCCUGUCUACGGAAUCUCGAACUUAACACCCUACAGCAGGAAAACUACGGCAUUCCAUUCCCUGGCAACACUCUGGCCCCGCUGUACCCCUACAGCCCAACAAUUGACCAUGACCUCGUGCCAGACUACACCGAGCGACUCUUCGGCCAGGGAAAGUUCAUGAAAGUACCCGUCAUCUUCGGCGACGAUACCAACGAAGGCACCAUAUUCCCGCCAAAAAAUACAUCCUCGGUAGACCAGGCUGAUCAAUUUAUCCAAGCCAAUUUCCCAACCAUCACCACUGCCCAAUUAAACCAAAUCAACUCCAUCUACCUGACCAGCCCCGACGACCCCGUCUAUCCAACCGCCGGGGACUACUGGCAGGGUGUAUCCAACGCUUACGGCGAAAUGCGGUAUAUCUGUCCCGGCAUCUACCUCUCCACGGCGUUCAACGCUCACCCUUCCACGGCGUGGAGUAACUGGAACUAUCACUACGCGGUGACAGACUACAACGCCGAGACAUCAGGGUACGGCACGCAGCAUACGAUUGAGACUAACGCGAUAUGGGGCCCACAGUAUGUGAGUUCAACGCCGCCGGCGUCGUAUUUCACAAAUAAUAGCGCUAUUGUGCCGGUGAUGCAGGGGUAUUGGACGAGUUUUAUACGCUCGUAUAACCCGAAUACGCAUCGUGCACCUGGCACUCCGCAGUGGGAUUCUUGGGGGGAUAACUAUAAUCGGAUAUUUAUUCGUACGAAUCAGACUAAGAUGGAGACUGUUCCGGAUGAUCAGAGGACGAGGUGUACAUAUUUGCAGUCUAUAGCACUGGAAUUGAACCAGUGAAUAUUCUUUAGCUUUGGAAAUUCACUGUAUAUUUUUGAUAUUAUAUUUCUUUUUCUUGGCAU